AUGGCCCGCUACAAAAUGGAGCAGGAUGACUGGCUACUGGUGUACCUGAAGUAUUUGCUUUUCAUCUUUAACUUCCUCUUCUGGAUGGGAGGGGUGGCUGUCAUGGCCGUGGGCGUGUGGACCCUAGUGGAGAAGAGCGGCUACCUCGGCGUCCUGGCGUCCAGCACCUUCGCCGCCUCUGCCUACAUCCUCAUCUUCGCGGGCGCGCUCGUCACGGCCACCGGCUGCCUGGGCUUCGGCGCCAUCAUCCGGGAGCAGAAGAGCUGCCUGUCCACGUAUUUCUGUCUGCUGCUUGUCAUCUUCCUGGUGGAGCUGGUGGCUGGCGUUCUGGCCCACGUGUACUAUCAGAGGCUGAGUGACGAACUGAAGCAGCAUUUGAACCGGACCCUGACCGAGAAUUAUGGGCAGCCCAGAGCCCAGGACAUCACAGCCUCGAUGGACCGCCUGCAGCAGGACUUCAAGUGCUGCGGGAGCAACAGCUCAGAGGACUGGCAGCACAGCGUGUACAUCCGAUCCGGGGCCGCCCAGGGACGCCGUGUGCCCGACAGCUGCUGCAAGACAGUGGUGGCACGCUGUGGCCAGCGCGUCCAUCCCUCCAACAUCUAUAAGGUGGAGGGUGGUUGCAUCACCAAGCUGGAGCAGUUCCUGGCAGACCACCUGCUGCUGAUGGGAGCGGUGGGCAUCGGGGUGGCCUGCCUACAGAUCUGCGGGAUGGUCAUUACCUGCUGCCUGCACCAGAGGCUCCUGCGGCCAUUUUACUGA